UUUACAAAUUUUUUUUUAGUGCCUGAUGAUCUCUCAGUGGAGGAGAGAGAAGAACUUUUAAACAUUCGUCGCAGAAAAAAAGAGCUUAUUGAUGAUAUAGAGAGGCUAAAAUUUGAAAUUACAGAAGUGAUGACAGAGAUCGAUAACCUAACUUGUGUAGAGGAGAGCAAAACUACCCAGAGGAAUAAGCAAAUAGCUAUGGGAAGAAAGAAAUUCAACAUGGAUCCUAAAAAGGGAAUUCAAUUUCUUAUAGAAAAUGACCUGCUGCAGAGUACCCCAGAAGACAUAGCCCAGUUCCUUUAUAAAGGAGAAGGACUAAAUAAAACUGUAAUUGGGGACUACCUUGGUGAAAGAGAUGAAUUUAACAUUAAAGUUCUUCAAGCUUUUGUUGAACUCCAUGAAUUUGCUGAUCUCAACCUUGUACAAGCUUUAAGGCAGUUCCUGUGGAGUUUCAGGCUUCCAGGGGAGGCUCAGAAAAUUGAUCGCAUGAUGGAAGCUUUUGCUUCACGCUACUGUCUCUGCAACCCUGGAGUCUUCCAGUCUACAGAUACAUGCUAUGUGUUGUCUUUUGCCAUCAUCAUGCUAAACACCAGCCUCCACAACCACAAUGUGAGAGAUAAACCAACAGUGGAACGAUUCAUAUCUAUGAACCGAGGCAUUAAUGAGGGUGGGGAUCUCCCAGAGGAAUUAUUGAGGAAUUUAUAUGAAAGUAUUAAAAAUGAGCCAUUUAAGAUUCCGGAAGAUGAUGGAAAUGACUUGACACACACAUUUUUUAAUCCAGAUAGAGAAGGCUGGCUAUUGAAAUUAGGUGGGAGAGUGAAAACCUGGAAGAGACGGUGGUUCAUUUUGACAGAUAAUUGUCUCUAUUACUUUGAAUACACAACAGAUAAAGAACCCAGAGGAAUCAUCCCUUUGGAAAAUCUUAGCAUAAGAGAAGUAGAAGAUCCCCGGAAACCUAAUUGUUUUGAGCUCUAUAACCCAAGCCAUAAAGGACAGGUCAUAAAAGCCUGUAAAACAGAGGCUGAUGGCAGAGUGGUGGAAGGCAACCAUGUCGUAUACAGAAUAUCUGCCCCAACCCCGGAAGAGAAGGAAGAGUGGAUCAAAUCAAUCAAAGCAAGUAUCAGCAGGGAUCCUUUUUACGAUAUGCUGGCAACAAGGAAAAGAAGAAUUGCCAAUAAAAAAUAGCACUCUGCUGUUUGGGCAGUGAUUCAUCCACGUUCCAUGGAGCAUGAACUCAAGAGUUCAAACAGGUAAAAAAGAAAAAAUUUAGAGAAAAACUGGUCAAAGAACUCUCUCAUUGGAGUACAAGAUGAUGCAGAAAACCUUCUGCAAGAUAACUCACCAGAAAACAAGUACUUUACAUAGAAUCCUGCAGAUGACAUUCCAAGGAUGAAUGUAUGGGAAUUUAAUUAUCUAAACAGAAGACAUGGAAGCCUUAUAUAUGCUUUGGAUUUUCAAUAACCUGGAGAAAAGAAUCAGGCUGAGAGACAUGAACUAUCUUCCCUUCCUAUUUAUUGAGCAUCUUGCUCAGGAUGGGGGAGAUGUUAGGAAAUACUUUUCUUAGGAUUUUUAGCCAGUUAGAAUUCUUUGUUAUACAGCCACCAGAAUUGGUGUACAGUAUGAUCCAGAACUUGUUUUCUCUAUGUGAAGAACUUUCCUGCCAAUUGUAUAACACAUAACCAUUAGUGGCAAAGCAAAUCAUUCCAAAUUCAAUUGUUUGAUAGAAAGAGCCACCACUUUUUUAUUUAGAACUUUUUUCCUCUGAUAUAUAGGAAUAUAGCUUUUAUAUACCUUUUUAUAUUCUGAAAUUAUAACAAAAUUAACUUUUACUUUCUAUCUAACAAUAGUAUUUUUAGAAUGGCAGCUAUAAAUUUAAUUUAACUCCUGGGCACAAGUACAAUGUGCACAGAAAAUAUGCAGCUCCCAAAGGUAAAAGCUUUGGAAAAGAAAAAAAAAGCAGUUUGAGUAGUAGCUAUAGACAAUUGAGGUGGUUUCAAGUCUAUGCUUACUGCUGCCAUGGAGACAGAAUUAGAUGAGGGAUAAGGUAAAAGGCAGUAUUAUCCUUUUAUCAAGAUACUUAAUUUGACAAGUACUAGAAUCCUGUGCGAAUAGCUGGUUAUGUGGAACAUAGAAGAUAGAGGUAUCCAGGAAUCUUUGAAUUUUUAGCAUUUAUUUGGGGGAGGGAGGAGAGGAAGUCUUCCUUAAUAGCAUCUGAAUCAGAUCACACACAAAAAUUUGGCUUUAAUUUGCCCCAGAACUAAGCAUUAAAUCUAGUAGUAAAUAGCAGAGUGGUGAGAGGAAAAGGGAACUUUUCUUUUCUAACCUUAGCUGAGAAGGUGCCUUAACUUUUAUGUGGCAUUUUUUUUUUUGCCCCAAAAGUAUUUUCUUAAAAAAAAAAAAAGGCAAUUUAUCAUUAUUAAGGACAACUAUCCUGUGGUGUUGAUACUGUAAUUGUUGAUUCUUAGAAGAGGGAAAUCCUCCAAACAGAAACAUGUAAUUCAUGUAUCUGACUGGCCUAGGGGAGCCUGUUCUCUGCUAUCUGUGCUCUAAAAUCUUAAGAUGAAAUAAAGUAUUAUUGCUUUUAUUCCAUGACCUUAUUAGGAGAUGACCAAACUUAAUAGAAUGAACUAGAAAUAAUUUGUGAGCUCUCUUUCCUCUUGCAACACACUUUACGCUUGUUGUGAAAUAUUUAAUAUUCCAUCAUAUGAGGGACAAAGUAAACUGUGGGGCAAAUGCAUAAUUUAAAUGUAUAAGCAUUUUCUUAAUUGCAUGGCACUUGAAGGUGUGUUUAAAACAGGUCAAAUUACAAAUCUAUCAAGUAUAUCAAUGGAACUUUGGAAAUUCCUUGAAAGUAUAGAGUUUUUAGAAUACUUAAUAUUAACCUCAUAAAUAAUAGCACAGGUGAUAAUCGCAUGGAUAUAUUAGAGACAAAAGAAUGGGUUUGUAGUAAUGGGAUAUUUUAGCCUGGAAUCACAAAAGAAAAUCUAAAAUUACCAAAGUCUAGGGAAUGCAAAAUAAAUUACGGGGCUACAGAUUGGACCAACUAAUAGAUUUCUUUAAUAACACAAUUUUAUUUCAAUGAUCACAUCCAUUUAAAUGCAGGACAUAAAUGUUCUCCCUAGGAGUCCCUCUAUGAAGAUGACUAUGUGGAUAAAAUUUAGUAUUAGAUGAUGUCACCAUCCUUGGCGUUAUCUCCUCUUUCACAAAUGAAAAUUACAAACUAGGCAUCUUCUCCGGCCAGAAAACUUUAAUAAAUUUGUCUCGCCUACACAAGCUAUGUGAUAGACAUAGCACAAGGAUUCAGAAUAUAUGGGUGGUUUUAGUUCCUUCCUGCUGCAAAGUCUAAGUCAGGGAAAACCUCAGAUUUCAAGUUCACUUUUUAUGCCUUUGUCAGACUCAAUGGUGGAAGUAAACAUUUAUGUGAUCUAGCUCUUCGAUGAAGCUAAGGCUUGGUAAUUGUGUGAAGGCACCAAUUCAGACCAUUCAAAGGGAAAGGUGCAUUAUGGAAUAGAUGGCAUCCAAAGGUAUCUGAAAUCACUAUUUCUACUCAUUUUUCAAAUUGCUUUGUUCCUGAGUCUUGGAGGGCUUUUAAAAGGUACCGUAAUCUCUUAGCAAAUUUAAAAUGUAGGAAAUUUUAAGUUUUGGUUUUGAGAAAGUACCUCUGCUACUCCUCAUUUGUAUAUAUGCAAUUUUGGGUUUUAGCUUUCCAUGAAAGAGCCUCAUGGUAUAAUACACCAAAUCAAAUGUUGCUUAUUGAUUAUAGAAAUACUCAUCAGCCUAGGAUCAGGCAGUCUCUCAUCCACAACAGCAGUCUUUUUUUUUAAUGGUUCAUUUUGUUGAAAACCUUGAGCACUUAAUUUUCCAUGUUUUCUCUCUCAUUACUUCUUAGAACUGUUCUUUAAAAAAAAAAAAAAAAGUCUUUGGUGCAAGGGAGUGGGGGUGGGGGCAGGUACUUUUCUGAUUUUGACCUCAACCAUAUCGGUUUAAAAAAAAAAAAAAAAAAAAAG